CACGGAUUUUUACGUCAAUGUCAGCGCAGAAAGUUGUUUUGUCUUUGUGGUUUUGUUUUUGUUUAUAUUCAUGAUAAGAUGAAACGUACUCAAACAAGAUCAACUAACAACUAACAAUGUUUAUUUACUAUAAAGUGUGAAGAGAUAACGAUGAAUUCCAACAUUUUCGGAUUUUCGUUGAUUAUUUUCAAAAACUCUUUAAGAAAAUGGCCGUGUACAGUAAAAUCUAUAUAAAUAAAAUGCAUAAAUCGUGGCUGUCAGACGAUCUCCUUCCUCCCUUUGGAUUUACCAGCUUCUUCGGAGCAGUGGUUUUAUGCAUUAUAACAUUUUAUGUCUUUAAAAAAUUAAGCGGCGAUAGUAACAUUCCUCUUAGAGGAGUUCGAAAAGGUCAUAAUUGGAAUCCUGUAAAAGUAACUGCCAAGACAUGGUAUUGUUCAGUGUGUGAAUCUCUAUUAUUGAAUGGAAUAGGAGUAUAUUGUGACUGUUGUGGGGUUUGUGCUGAUCCAGACUGUAUCAGAAAGGCAGAUACAUCAUUCAAAUGUAAACUAAUUACUAGCAAUGACCAGAAUUUUCCUCAUCAUUGGAUUAAAGGUAAUUUGUCCUGGGGUGCCAAUUGUAAGGUGUGUGAUGAAGAAUGUUCAAGAGAGCCUGGCUUGGUAGAUUUUCGAUGUUGUUGGUGUCAAGUAACUGUACAUACAGAAUGUCUCAAGCAAAUAGAAGAGAUGUGUGAUUUCGGGCCAUUUAGAAAUAUGAUUGUACCUCCAUGGUGUGUACAAACAGCAAAACGUAAGGGAGCUUUACAUAGACAAAUUUUGUUAAGAGGUGUUCGUGAUCCACUUUGGGAAAGAUGGACUCCCUUAGUUGUUGUUGCAAACAAAAAGUCUGGCAAUGGCGAUGGCGCUUUAGUGUUAUCAGAAUUUCGAAAGUACCUCAAUCCAGUUCAAGUUAUUGAUCUUAGCGAACGUAAACCUCCAUCCGCUUUACAAUGGUGUGUCCUAUUGUCUCCAAAACCCGUUAAUAUAUUAGUUGCUGGAGGAGAUGGUACUAUUGCCUGGAUGUUAACAACCUCUCAUAAACUAGAUCUUGAUCCAGAACCUCCUUUAGCUAUUAUCCCAUUGGGAACCGGUAACGACUUAUCCAGAGUUUUAGGCUGGGGUGCUGAAAAUUCUGCUGAUGUGGAUGUUGAAAGGGUUUUAAAGAAUAUUUGCGAAGCUAGAACCUCAGAACUUGACAGAUGGAAAGUAGAAGUGACAUCAAAUAGACAUUUAGGACUCAAGCUUCCAAGUAAAACGUAUUUUAUGUACAACUAUAUCAGUAUUGGCGUUGACGCGCAAGUGGCUUUGAAUUUCCACAAGACUAGAGAUAGCAUUUUUUACAUAUACGGAAGUCGAGUAGUGAAUAAGUUGCUGUAUUUAUGUUUUGGUACACAACAAGCUAUGACAUCGGAAUGCAAAAAUCUGGAAACGCGGUUAGAACUUUAUUUAGAUGGAAAGGAGAUUGAACUACCAGAGUUGGAAUCCAUUGUUAUUUUGAAUAUCAAUUCUUGGGGAGCUGGAGUUAACUUGUGGGGAAUGUGCGGAGAUGGUGAAGCUUACAGUAAUCAAUCGUAUCAUGAUGGUAUACUCGAAGUGGUUGGCAUUUAUUCGUCAUUUCAUAUGGCUCAAUUGCAAGUAGGCAUGUCAACUCCAUUAAGGUUGGGACAGGCCAAAGUUGUGGAAAUCGUGCUAAAACAGAAGUCCCCAAUGCAAGUUGACGGAGAGCCCUGGGAGCAGCAGCCCGGUAAGUUGACGCUCUCCUUUGUCAACAGGUGUCCCGUACUUAUUAACCUGAAUAGACCUGAAUGAUUUUAAUUUUUAUUAUGUAAAACUGUUUUAACGUAGGCAUUUGUGUCAUUUGAUAUUUCUAAAAAAAUUAAGUAUCAAAUACCUGUGUGUUUAUAAAAAAAUCCGGAUUUUCCCUUAGAUCUACUUAACUACUACCUAUCACCGUUUUUAUAAGCUUAAUAAGUUUGAAUUCAUUAUUCAGUAUUUUUAAUAGUUAGAAUUUUAAAAUCUUAAUGAUUAAACAUCCAGUUUUGUGUUUUGGUGUAUUAUUAUUUAUUAUUUAGAUGUAUUUAAUGAAUGAUUCCUUAUAGCUUUAAAUACAAUAUUUUUUUCUAUGGUACAGAGUCUCCUUAUGUGAAGUUUAAAUUCUGUUUCUAAUUCGAAACUAAAUAAUUGUGCAUUUUUUCUUAAUAAAGGUAACAAUAAUUAUUUAUUAUUAGUACAAUUGUUUAGAUUUACAUAAUUUAUUAUAAAUAUUUGCGAUAAUGAAUAUUUCAUUCAGUGACUUCAUUACCUUAUAGUUAUUUACAUUAUAAGACCGUUAUACAGGGUGUUAUUGAAAUACAUAACCUAGAUUACCUAAUCUUUAGAAUAUGCCGAUAUGCCUUCUUAGUCAUAAUCGGACAGCCAGCAAGUACCGCCGCCGUUCGCGUUGGUGCCAAAUAGGUAUGAUUUACAAUUUUCGUGUGUGUUUCGAUGUUUUUAAAUACGAUACUAUAAUUAUAUUGAAUUGAUGGAUAUGGUUCAUCACUUCAUUACUGUUGUACGUUUGUAGCAACUCGCCAACCUUUAAAGGAUGGUGGAAGUUUUAUCUAUAAUGCCAAUAAUGAUAGAACACGUAGCAAACGAACAAUAAGCGUUGACAUUAGGCCCGAAAUAAGUUGCAUAAGAAUUGUCUAAUGAAAUUUAUUGUUUGUGUACACUUAAAGAAAACGGUUUACAUAAUUUCCAUAUCGUCGGUGAAAAUGCAAAACCUCGUAAACAUAUCUUACAUAAUUUUAGACGAAAUAGAAAAAACUUCUCACUUUUCGUUUUUUAUUUGUUCCAUUUAUAUUUUUCAAAUAGUUGCACUUCGCUAAAAUAAGACGAGCGACAAUAUUGAUUAAUACGAAUAAUAAAACAAUUUUCGUCAAAAAUUGCAAAUACGAGGUUUUUCACUUUCACCGACGAUAUUCAAAAAGUACUGGGUGUUUCAUUAAGAGACUACAGGUACAGAAACUACAGGUAUGGGGAAACAUAUUUUUAAUAAAACCAGGUAGUGUGACAUAUUUUAUUUAUUAUUUGACAUGUAAAUAUAUUUCUUUAAUGUAAAUAAAAGUUUUGUAAAGUAAAGUGAGUAAUAAAAACGGUCGAGAGAAAUUGCUGGAAAUUAUUUUCAAGUUUGUAGGAUGGCCGCUAGGGGGCGUAAUGUAAAAAUGUAAUUUUCUCAAAAAAUACCAAGUAAAGUAUAUUGACAAAUAUUACUAUUUUAAUCUUAAAUGUGUUCUGAACGAAAAAAUCUUUAGGUGUAACUUUUGUCAGUUGUGAAAUAGAUUGGUGGGGGAAGGUUAAACUUUAAUUUGGAACAAUGCUCAUAACUCCGGUUUGGCUUUACCGAAUUUAGUAAACUUGUUUUUGUUUAGAAUAGCUUUUUCAGCCUCAUUUUUAGCUCUAUAAACUGGCAUUAAUUUACUGUCCAACACUUAAUUUUAAUCUUCCCGUCCGUCGACAAACUCGCUUAAUUUAAAUAAAGUCAGCUCUGUACCAGAACUCUCUAGGCUUUCCAGAACGAUUGAAAACUGCCUCUCUAUGACUCGUACGCCGCAAAGGGAUCCAUCCGAUAGCUUCUCGAAGCGAUGCGUUUGUCCCUAGAUGGCUAGCGCUAGAUUUCAUGCUGCGGGCAAGGAGUAAACAAAGUACAGAGACGGCUUCACAUCACAAUAAAUUAAACAAACGUUAAAAUACCUUAGCAACUUCACAGAAAGGUUCGAGGCCUGUCAUUGCCUUCUCGGGAUAGUUCGUUGGCGUUUUCAUUGCUCUGAUAUCCUUCGUGGCCUGGUACCCAGGUUAAGGCUUUGUUUUGACUCCUUAGCUCUGGCAGGUCACUAGUCGUGAUUUGAUUUCUGGUGAGUGAAUUGCCUUUAGAGUUGAUUGGCUAUCAGAGUAGAUGGCAAUAGUUUUGCUUGAUAUUUGCAGAUUUAUUAUUUCUUUUGCACAGUGUUGUAUGGCUAUUAGCUUGGCAUGGAACACUGUUGCAUAUUCUCCUAGACUCCAAAUCGCUGUUUUCGACUUGGAUUCAAAGAUUCCAGCGCCGGCUCCUUCCAUGACUUUUGAAUCGUCUGUAUAUCAGACGAGUUCAACCUGUAUGGGAGGUCCUUGUUUCCAGGAUUCUCGGGCUGGUAUUUGAAUUUGAAAAUAUCUUUCUAAUUUCUAUGUGGUUAUGGUUAUAUCAGUAGGCAUUCCUAUAAUCUUAUCCUUUUUUUACUUGCUGGUAUAGCCUUGUAUGGUCAACGCUUUAUAGUUGGCUUAUUGAGGUUUGUCCUUGCAUUACCCUGUGAAUGUCGGACCUGGUUUCUUUUUGUAUGAUUAUGUGCAUGGCCUAUGUGACAAUUGAAUAAUUACUGACGUUUUCGUGUUUUUGAAUUGCUACAAGUUGUAGUUUUCACAAAUGUUCACUAUCUUUGGGAUUCAAAAAAAAAAAAAAUUUCCUACUAACCGUCAGCGUAUAGGAUUAUCCAAACCGCUUCUAAUAUGGAUGCGCACAUACUCAGUGUUGUUCCUGGUUGUACAAUUGUACAGAAAGUUGUACAAUCAGUUAUGUGGUUGUACGCACUUUUGAAAAAAGGUAGAAAUGUUGUACAAUUUGAAGUUGCUAAAUAUUUAUGUAAAAUCUGGUAUAUCGUAAAUCGUAUGCAUUAAAAUUAAUAAAACAAUAACGUUUGAAUUUGGCGCCAUUCGCGACCAAUCGGUACACCGUUUUACAUCGAAAACAUUUUUUAAACUGGAAAAAGAUGAAUUUUAAGCAUCGGGAAGUAUUAAACUAAUUAGUGGUUGUACAAUCGAACGUAAUAGUGUACAAUUUUGACAUUAAAAGUUGUACAAUUCAAAAAUCCCUAGGAACAACACUGCACAUACUUGAUGUUUUACAGUCAGACGUAGUAUAAUAAUCGGAAAAAGGGGAAAUUAACCCAUUUUUAAAUGUCAGAAUUUAAUACUAAAAUUGUUGCUAUUCGUCUUUUAAUGUACAUGUAUUUCAUAUAAUAACACCCUGUAUAGGAUGUAGAGGGCAGACAGAUCUUGAACAGUAUUUUCGCAAUUGUCCCUCUUCAUAUGCAAGAUUUAACAGUUUUGACAUGAAGCUAACCGAAGUGAACGUGAUAGAUUGGCGUACCAUGUAAGUUUUCUUUAUACAUAAAAUGCCGGUGUGCAUGUGUUCGUAAUACUUCUCUUCCUAAACGGCUUUAGAUUUUGAUGAUUUUUUUUUGUACUUAUGGGGUCAUCUGGAUGGUUCUUAGCUAUAUUUGGACCCGAUAGGUGGCGCUGUUGUCGAUAUCUGAAAUUUAUUAUUUUUUUUAUUUUCCGACCAAUUUUUUUAUUUUUUUUGUGAUUUUUUUUUAAAUUUCUCAUAAAAUGAACAUCUAAUCCCGAAUGUUCAGCCUUAGGCAGACCAGUUUAUGUUGAUGUUGUUCCCUCGUUUGAAUCUUGUAGUUUUUUUAUUUAAUUUUGGUUUCAUCUUGCUCCUUGUCCUUUGACAUUAUCCAGAACAGUCCACGUUAAACCUCCUCAACUUCUGAUGAAUUUGGGAGUGUCGGUAGUGCUGUAUGAGAUUUUGUCUGGUUCGACGUUUACUACCAUUCCAAAGUACUGUUCAGGUUCUAUCUACGCUCUAACAUGCGAGCAUGAAGAUUAUACGUAUGAGCUUUUAAACCCUAUACCGGUUGAAAAACGUAUUAGGUUUUAUGUUAGUUUUUUAAAUCCGAUAAUUAAAAUCUGCUAGUAAAAUAUCAUUAUUGCAAAGCUCUUUGUCAAAAUUUUGUAAGUAGACUAAUUAUAUGUCAAUUACUACGUUGGUUAUUUAUAUAAAUACGUUCGGGAGACGUUAAAAUACGUUACAUUUUUGCUAAUAUAGGGUGAUCACUGUUAAUACAAUAGUUGGGAUUUAGGAAAACCUAAACAAUCUUAUUGGUAGAAUAUAUAGAUUGUUUCAUUAAUACAGUAACUGGAAAACCCUUGGCUCAAUGUGUAGAUACCUUAAAAUACUUAUAUGCCUCCUUAAUUACCUAAAAUUGUAUUAUUUCAUACAAAAAUGAUUUUGUCACAAAGUAAUCGAAAUCGUUGAAAUUGUGAUUGAAAUAAUUGCUGUACUUUCAUUUUAAGCCUUUGAACUAUUUAUAGAAUAAUUUAACAGCAUUGUACGUCAUUAACAUUUACUUUACACUGAGUUUAGUAAGAAUAUCUUGAAAAUAUAUCUCGUAUUUUACAACUAGACCUACACUUUAACAGAUUAAAAUAAUUUAUCCUGUGUUACCGUUUAUUGAUUAUGAGUUGAAAAUUGAAUCUGAAAAUAGCUGGUUGCUUUUUAACGGUCCACGUAGACCUCCAUUCUGUACUUGUCAAAAGAAAACUGUUUUUCCUAUAAAGAAUAUGUCAUGUGCAUUAGGAGACUCUGUAGGGUAUUUUGUUACAAUGCUAAAAGUCUUCUCUAACAGAAAAUUAAUCUUCCACUAGGUAUCGAAUUUAUUGUUUAUUUUUAAAUUGGCAAUUUUGCACUAAAAACGAGCGAAAGCUUUAUAUUGUGAAACAUUCCAGUUAUGUAGUUUUUGAAAUUUGUUAUUUUUGUAUGUUACAAAUAUAUAUUUAAACAAAGUUUAUUCCCUUUACAUCUUUGAAUUUUUCGAGGCUUGUUAUAAACUCUUCAUCGUUUAUAUGUGUAUUUAUAAAAUAUCGAUGUAUAAUAAAAAAAAAUUG